AUCGUGGCCGCUCGUCGCUCGUGCUGCUCUCAGCAAUUCCCAAGGUGAAAUGUCGCCCCUCGCCUGGAUUUCACCUUCUCUCUUUCCGACACUCUUCUAGUACAGGGUCGUAUGUUACCUAGGCGUCCGCGAGUACAUUGCUCACCAGCUCCGUCGUGCUAGCGUCCCUCUGAGAGCCAUCAGCUGCAAGAUUGGUUCCUCCCAUACAUAUUCAGAAACCAUAGCGCGCCACUGACAUGGCAUCCGUCUGCCACGUCGGCCUCGUACCACAGACGCUCAGCCCACAGCUGAGCACCUCUCAGAGCACCUCCCUUCCCGCUACCUCGCGCAUUCCGUCCCUGCUACCAACCCAUAGACCAUCCCGUGCGCUGCGGAAACACGCGUCGGAAAGUUAUCCCGACGGACGUAAUACGUACGGUAAGCACAAUGGCCAACGGGGCUUGGCUCCAAGCGUGAGGGCGAAAGCCAGCGAAGGGGGAGACGGAGCAGCGCCGGUCGCGGCGGGGGUGGCGGCGGAACUGGCGGUGCCGCGGAGCGCGGAGGCGGCGGUGAAUCAGGGGCUAGAGCUCUACAAGAAGGGGCGCGUGCGGGACGCGCUUUCUCGGUUCGAAAUGGCGCUCGAGAUGAAGCCGUCCGAGGAAGAGGCGCAGGCGGCGCUCUACAACAAGGCGUGCUGCCAUGCCUUCAGAGAGGAGGGCGCGAAGGCGCAGGAGGCGCUGCGCGAGGCGCUGCGGUGCGGGCUGCAGUUCAGCGUCAUCCUCAGCGACCCCGACAUGGCGGCCUUCCGCGCCAUGCCCGAGUUCAGAGCGCUGCAGGAGGAGGCAAGAAAGGGCGGCGAGGAGGUGGGCGGCAAGUUUCGGCGGGACCUGAAGCUGAUAGCGGAGGUGCAGGCGCCGUUCAGAGGCGUGCGGCGGUUCCUGUACGUGGCGCUGGGGAUGGCGGCCGGCAUCGCCACCGUCAUCACCAUCCCCCGCUUCAUCCUGGCCGUCCAAGGCGGGCUGGACGCCCCGGAUCUGCUCACCACUGGGGGCAACCUGGCCGUUGAUCUGGGAGGAGGCGUGGCGAUGGUGGCGCUGUACGUGUGGGAGCAGCGGCGGGAGGAGGAGCAGAUGGGGCGCGUGUCGCGCGACGAGACGCUCUCGCGCCUGCCGCUCAGGCUGCAGACGGGCAAGGUGGUGGAGCUCGUGCAGCUCAGGGGCACCACGAGGCCGGUCAUCCUGUCGGGGCGCAAGGAGGCGGUGCAGCAGGCGAUGAAGCGCGCUGAGGGGUACCGCAAGCAGCUGCAGGAGCGCGGCAUCCUGCUGGUGCCCGUGGUGCAGAGCAAGCAAGGGGGGGCGGUGGACAGCAAGAAGAAGGGCUUCGCUGCUGUCAAGAAACCGGCCGCCACCAUGGAGUCGCUGGAGGAGUUUGAGGAGAAGGCGAGAGAGGCGGCGGCAAAGCGAGUGGCGGAGGCUGACAGGCGACUCAAGGCUGAGGCCGUGUCACCCGGGGAGUGGGACCAGUGGGUGCGGUCGCAGCAGAAGGCGGAGAAGGUGGCGGAGGGCAGCGAUGCGUUCAUCGUGCUGCGCCUGGACGGCCGAGUCAGGAAGUCAGGCACUGGCAUGCCUGACUGGGCUGAUCUUAUCACCGAGCUGCCGCCGCUCGACAGCUUAGUCAGCAAGCUGGAGCGCUGAUUGCCAUCCUGCUUGCCUCUUUUCCAGAACCAGUUAAGUAGGUAGGGUAGGGUCAUAGUCAGCGCUAUAACAGCAAAUCUCUGCUGAUUGCUGGAUCCAAGGUUUUGGGCAGUUGGAUAAAUAUCAGACACAGUAGGCAAGAGCCAGAAA